AUGGCCUUACCAAUCCUAUCUUACUCUGUAGAGUAUCACAACUCCCUCCCCGAUGUCGCUGAUGCGAAAACCCAGUUUGACUCGGUGGACGCUAGCAAGAUCCUCUUCACAGACAUUGGACGAAUUUUCUUGAAAUAUCAUAUGGAGAACACGCUGGGAAUUGUCCUUCUCCACCACCACUUUCUCCUGGCGCGAGACGAGAUGCUUGUGAAUGUCGGACCUGUCGCAGUACCCUGGAAAACUAACAGCGGCGUGAAGGAGCUCGAAAAUGUUCACCCCAGCUCCUGGGGCUUCACCAAGGACGGCGUUGCGCCGUACGAAUUUGCCCACGCAUCGCCCAGAGUAUCUCUCGACAGCCAAUUGCAACCUUUUCUUGGUGAAUUGGGCGCCAUACUUGAGAAACGCAAAAUGACUGACCUUUUUGGGAUUUGUGCCCUCGAUGGAUCUAUUGAUCGCCCUUGCGGCAUUGAAUUCACCGAAGGGCGUGCCAAUAUUACAUUUCCAUUCGAAAUUUCCCCCCACAAAGGUAGCAAUGUUGAAGCGAUGUGGCGAAUCGGCUCAAGCAAGGACGGAAUAACAAGCACAAAGGUGAAAAGCGAAGUUCAGCCAAGGGUCUCGAAUGGGUGCGGGAAAAUGUAUAAGCUGCAAGGGAACACACACAGGCAACCACCUCCCACAGGUGCCAAGGCUCAGGGCAACCAGGCUAGUAACAUCCCCAUCAACAGAACCUUAGAAGACGAUGUGGCGAGUACAGAUAGCUACCACUACCAUGGCUACCACUAUCACUCAUCUAAAUGGCUUACCACCAUAGUCUACCAUAAUGGCCAAUGCAUAACUCUUAAGCUUGUUCAGAAGCGACUGGAUAACAUAGCUACUAAGGAAUUUGAGAAGCAAUUUCGAAGCAUAUGUCACCUCGGACCAGCUAUUUUUGAAGACACGAAGAGAGGUAGAAGUCCUAUCUGUCGAAAUGUGGCUCCCGCGCAUCCCAGCCACCAUGUUUUCCAGCCACCUGAUUUUGUACUGUAUUUAGGACCUGGCCCCGGAGAGGUUUUGGAGAAUCAAUCCAAAAAGGCUACUGCACCUCCCACAAUUGCACCUCCCACACCAGGCCCACUGAUACCACUAAACCUCGCUCCACCACAGCAACUACAGCGAGAUGGACGAGGAGCUGCUCCGCCACAGUGGCGGGCUCCACCGGAGGCUUCAUCAGAGGCUUCACCGCAGCAAGGUGGAAGAGAUAGAAGCGGUGGAAGAGGUAGAAGCGGUGGAAGAGGUGGAAGAGGUAAGAAGGUAGUAGAAGAGGAGGUAGAAGAAGAGGUAGUGACGGUUUUUUCAAGACAUGGUAGGCCGAUAAGGCCCAAAAAACGGUGA